GUACCGCGGGAGCGCAGGGGUUUUAUGAACUCGGUCCAGUUCCAGGUGCUGCAGCUCCGAGCUCGCGUCCCCUCUCCCACGAGCGCCGUGCGUUUCCUGCGUGCCUUUGACGUAGGCCGGGCAGCGAAAACGGAAAAUCAAGUUUCCCCUUUGCCCGCGGUGCGAGUUUUGCUUCGGGCCGGUGCCUCGGAGCGGGCGGCGGCCCCGGCCGGGGGGGCGGCGGAUGGCGCACGAUGUUUGUUCAGACUGGGCACUGUGAAGUGUAAACCCAGGUCCCACUGGCACCAGCACUCACCUCUGCCUUUUCUAGAAGCAGAUCAGUCCAUAAUGCCUGAAGUGCGAGACCUUUCAGAUGCUUUGCCUGACUUGCCGAUGGAUCCGAUCACAGGUGUUGGCGUUGUUGCAUCCCGGAACCGAGCACCGACAGGUUAUGAUGUAGUUGCACAAACAGCAGAUGGCUUGGAUGCUGACCUCUGGAAAGAUGGUUUAUUUAAAUCCAAGGUCACACGAUACCUGUGCUUCACGAGAUCAUUUUCAAAAGAAAAUAGUCAUUUAGGCAAUGUCUUGGUUGAUAUGAAGCUCAUUGAUAUCAAGGACACGUUACCUGUGGGCUUCAUCCCCAUCCAGGAGACUGUUGAUACACAAGAGGUAGCUUUCAGAAAGAAGAGACUGUGCAUUAAAUUCAUCCCUCGAGAUUCUACAGAGGCAGCAAUCUGUGAUAUCCGAAUUCUGGGUAGAUCUAAACAAGCCCCUCCUCAAUACACAUUCAUAGGGGAACUGAACAACAUGGGCAUUUGGUACCGGAUGGGCAGAGUUCCACGAAACCAUGAAUCUUCACAGCCCACGACUCCUUCUCCCCAAGUACCGUCUUCAACACCAGCUCCCAACUUGCCUAGGCAUAUAUCUCUAACACUUCCCGCCAGCUUCCGAGGCAAAAGUCACAGCAGUCGCCUGGACCUGGAACACCAGCACUCAAAUUUGUAUGCCAUAUCAGCGAUGGACGGAGUGCCUUUUAUGAUUUCGGAGAAGUUUGCCUGUGCUCCUGAAGGGAUGCAGCCAGUUGAUCUCUUGGGCAUCACCAUCAAGACCCUAGCAGAAAUCGAAAAGGAGUACGACUACAGCUUCCGGACGGAGCAGAGCGCGGCUGCCCGGCUGCCGCCCAGCCCCACCAGGUGCCAGCAGCUCCCGCAGUCGUGAGCCCGGCGGCGGAGCGGCGUGCGCGCGUGCUACCGAGCGGGACGCGCGGCCCGGGGCCCGGCUUGCGGCUCGGCUCAUCUGACGGCCGCCGCCCCCCCCGCGCUGCACCACCCCGCUCCGUACGUGCCGUCUCACCCCUUCGGACUCU